AUGAAACCCCUAAUGUUACAAGGGCACGAACGUGCCAUAACACAAAUCAAGUAUAACCGCGAAGGAGAUCUGUUAUUCUCUGCUGCUAAAGAUGCCAAACCCAAUGUGUGGUGGUCACUGAAUGGUGAGAGGUUGGGUACAUUCAAUGGACAUGGUGGUGUAGUUUGGUGCCUGGAUGUCGACUGGCAAAGCAUACACCUCAUAACAGGCGGAGGAGACAGUUCUUGCAGAUUAUGGGAUCUGGAAACGGGCAAGAACAUAGCUACCAUUAAAACCAAUUCCUCUGUAAGAACAUGUAACUUUAGCUACAGUGCAUACCAAGCUGCGUACACAACUGAUAAAGCUAUGGGACACCCUUGUGAGGUUUUCAUUAUUGACACCAGAACAAUUGAUGACUCAAUCUCCUCUGCCUCACCAAUCCUAAAAUGGGAAAUUACAGACUCAAAAGUGACUUCUAUGAUUUGGGGUUCCCUGGAUGAGACUAUCAUUACUGGCCAUGAAGCUGGUGAUUUAAUUCAAUGGGAUUUAAGGACUGGCAAGAAAAUCCAUUCUAUCAAGGAACAUACUCGUCAAAUCAAUGAUAUGCAGCUGUCUAGAGAUGGUACUAUGUUUAUAACAGCAUCUAAGGACCAAACUGCUAAGUUAUUUGAUACUAGCUCCUUGGAGUUGUUAAAAGAAUACAAAACUGAGCGUCCUGUAAACUCAGCUGCCCUCAGUCCGAUAUUAGACCAUGUUGUUCUUGGAGGAGGUCAAGAUGCUAUGGAAGUAACAACAACAUCCACUAGACAAGGAAAAUUCGACGCGCGUUUCUUCCAUCUAGUUUUUGAAGAGGAGUUUGGCCGUGUUAAGGGUCACUUUGGGCCAAUAAACAGUUUAGCAUUCCACCCUGAUGGAAGAAGUUAUGCCUCUGGAGGAGAAGAUGGUUAUGUGCGUGUACAGAGUUUUGAUCAAGCCUACUUUGACUACACUUUCGACUACAACAGGGAUUGA